GCCUUUUCUCCAGUUGAGAUGACAGGCUUUAAGAAAGCUGGCGUCCAUUGCCGUUAGCCCUUCUGAGACGUUGCCGUUUUGUUUCAUUGCCGGUGUUGGUGUUUUAGCUCUCCAUUAGCUCUGCCCGGCAAUCUCUGACCUGAAAAUAUAUACCAUUUAGACGGUCUCUUUCGGUUGCGGGUAGCGGAGGCGGUUGCCGCCACGCAGGCUCUUUUCCCUCUCUCUCUCUCUCUCUCUCUCUCUUUUCCCGCCAAAUACUUUUCCUGCAAUCCAGCGGAAGGUGGGGAAAGGUAAUUAGGGCGUGCGCAUUGUCUUGUCUUGUUGUCUUAUUUAACGCCUUUUGCUCUCCGUUCUCCCAUUCGCCAACCUCUCUCCCUUAAAGACCCUUUUCCUCCUUGCACGCACAUUCAUACACAGAUAUCCUCGGGAUCCGAUCACUUCCCUGCUGUCCACCAUCGCCAUCUGACGCUUCUAAAACCACGACCCAAGUGCACGAUCUGAUUUCCGAGGAUCUCUCUCUCUCUCUCUCUCUCUCUCUCUCUCAGAGGCUGUUAAAGAUCGGAGGAGGUGAAAGAGAGUCCUGAACCUUGUAGUUUGAUCUGAGUUGAUUACUCAUUUCAAAGAAUAUGAAUACCUUUUCACAAGUUCCCCCAGGUUUUCGGUUCCAUCCGACUGAUGAGGAACUUGUCGAUUACUAUCUUAGAAAGAAAAUUGCUUCUAGAAGGAUUGAUCUAGAUGUAAUCAAAGACAUUGAUCUAUACAAAAUUGAGCCAUGGGAUCUUCAAGAAAAAUGUAAGAUAGGUACAGAAGAGCAGAAUGAAUGGUAUUUCUUUAGCCACAAAGAUAAGAAGUAUCCAACAGGAACUCGUACAAAUAGAGCCACAACAGCAGGGUUUUGGAAGGCAACGGGAAGAGAUAAGGCCAUAUAUUCAAAGCAUAACUUGAUUGGCAUGAGGAAGACCUUAGUCUUUUACAAGGGUCGGGCCCCAAAUGGGCAAAAAUCGGAUUGGAUAAUGCAUGAGUAUCGGCUUGAAACAAAUGAAAAUGGGACGACUCAGGAAGAGGGUUGGGUAGUAUGUCGGGUAUUCAAGAAGCGGAUAACGGCAAUGCAAAAGGCAAGUGAGCAUGAGUCACCUUGCUGGUACGAUGACCAACUCUCCUUCAUGCCAGAAUCUGAUUCUCCCAAGAGGUUAAACCAUGAUGUGGGAUAUCACCAGUCCUUUUCAUGCAAGCAAGAGCUUGAGCUGCAUUACCUUAUGCCCCAUGAUCCCUUCUUCCAGCUACCUCAAUUGGAGAGCCCCAAACUUCCGAAUUCUGCUCCUACAGUAAGCUGCAAUUCCAUCUCUGCCUACGGCCUUGACAUCAACCAAAGAAGCACUCUCCAGUCGUCUUCCCUAUCUCAAGAAGAACAGAUGCAACAGACUCAUCGACAUCAGUUGAACCCAUUAUACAACAAUACCUCUGAGCAAGCAGUCGACCAAGUGACAGAUUGGCGGGUUCUUCACAAGUUUGUGGCCUCUCAACUUAGCCAAGACGAUGUUUCAAAGGACCCCAACUUCUCAAAUGGAGCCGAUGUCUUUCAACCUUCCGACAACUUGGAACUCCUUAUUGGGCAGUCCGACAAGCCAGAUGCAGCAGCAGAAUAUGCAUCCACGUCCACCUCCAGCUGCCAAAUAGAUCUAUGGAAGUGAAAAUCUAUAUAAAUUCCUCAAUAUAUACUAAUCAUAGGAAGAACAUUUCAAAACGAAAGAAGACAUCAUUCAGAUUCCUGUACAUAAUAAUCUAAAAACCCUAGUUGUUGGGCAUGCGCAUACCUUUGUAAUAUUGCUUUAUAUCACCCAACUGGUUAGACCAAAACUCCUACCUUAAUAAGAUAAUUAUAUUAUUAGGCAGAUGGUGCAGCUAAGCAUCGUUGUAACCAAGUUGGUAUGUGUUGAAUGUAUUGCACAUUGGAGGCAGCUCUCUCUACAUUGUAAUGAGCAUUAUAAUGUUGUCCAUCUCUAGACAGCAUGCAUGCUGUUGAUAGAAUCAA